AUGGGUGCUGAUGGACUCAUGGCCACUGCGGUGGAGAGGCUGGGUAUAAUAACCAGCCUCGUCGGAAAGACUGCCGCCCUCAAGGGGGGCUUCAACUCUAAAAUUAUGCGGGCCUCCUCGGAUAUCAGGGAUAUCGUGGACACCCUGGUGGCGCGCAGCGAGUCGGACGAAGUUCGACGCCUUAAGGCCGAUAAUGGUCGCCUCCAAAGGGAGGUGGCCAUUAUGAAGGCUGAGGUCGCUGCGCUCCGCCGGGGGUUCGAGGAGGCUCGCCGUGAGGCUGCUCAGGCUGCGCGGACGGUGCAGCGGCAGGCUGCUCCAGUGGAGGAUGAGCUGGAGCAGAGGAUGGCCAGAUUGAUUGAUGGCCGUCUGGCAGCGCUAGGACUGGCUGGGUGUCCUCGGAGUGCCACUCGUCCACCUCUGGCAGGUGACAACUCCGAGGUGGCGAGGGCUGCAAGGACGGCCAUUGAUCGGGCCUCCGGUCUGGGUCCGGCGCCGCGGCUUGAGCAGCCGGUGGUGGAGUUGGAGGUUCGGGCCCCUGCACGCCCGGCCUCUGAGAGGCGGGGUUGUAAGGGGGUAGGUGCUGGGGGAGUGACAGAGUGGGGGCCCUUCGGGCCGUCGACCUCAACAGCUGUGGUCGACGAAUGCCCGGAGCUCCCCUGGGUCGAAGUCCGGGGGAGGAGGGGGAAGGGGAAGGGCGUGGGAAAGAAGUCCCAGCCCAAACCUGCGGAGCGACCGGCGGCGGCCCCAACAAAGGCCACUGCAACGGCGCCCAAGGCACCCCCCAGGGCGGCGCCAGCGAGGGCGGCCAAGCUGUCGGCCCCUAGCUCCUCGGCUGUAAUUCUUAAGUUACAGCCGGAGGCAGUGCAAAAUGGGGCCACAUACAGUUCCGCCCUCCUCAAGGCCGAGCAAGAGGUGAACCUGGAGGAGCUGGGCAUUGGCUCGCUUCGGAUUCGCCCGAGUGCGACCGGAGCGAGAUUAAUUGAGGUCCCCGGCUCCUCUAGCUCAGGCAAGGCGGACGCACUUGCUUCGGCCUUGAAGGUGGCCCUGGCCGGCGUCGUGGACGUUUUCAGGCCCGUCAAAACUGCGGAUUUCCGCGUGACGGGACUGAAUGAUGCGGCAACGGCGCAGCGGAUAAAGGCUGCGGUCGCGCAAGCCGGGAGCUGCACGGAGGACCAGGUCUGGGUGGGUGAAAUCCGCUCAGACUGGCGGGGCUCUGGCUCUGCCCUGAUGCGCUGCCCGGUCACGACGGCCAAAAAGCUGAUCGAGGCGGGCAGCCUCACGGUAGGCUGGAGCCGGGUGCAGCUCCGGCACCUGGAGGCGCGCCCCAUGCACUGCUACAAGUGCAUGGGGAAGGGGCACACUGCAUCGCUGUGCCCCUCGCAGACGGACCGCAGCCGGCUCUGCUAUAGGUGCGGGGAGGCAGGGCAUUUGUCCGCCUCCUGCACAGCGGAGCCCCGCUGCGCGGUAUGCCGCGACGCCGGCAAGCCGGCGGGCCACGUGAUGGGGGGUAGGGCCUGCAACCCACCCCCGAUCCGAGGGAAAGGGCCGUCCCCUCCUCCGCGCGAGGGAAGGCAAGGGGAGGCGCCAGUCGGCCAAAUGGAGGAGUGA